ACGAGCGGGAGGGAGGCAGAGAGAGAGCCCGAGGUGUCCAGAGCCACGUUCUAAAAGUUUCAUGUUGUGAUCGUAGUGGCCAAGAGAGAUGUGUGUGUAGUGUUGCGUGCGUGAAGCGUUUACCCUACCGUCUUUUUUCCUCAUUUCCUGUGCAUGCACUUCUUCACUCAGUCGUGCUGGCGACGAAAAACACACAAGAUUGGAGGAAGCGAGGAGGGGAGGAGGUAAACCGGUGGUAUCUGAACACUACACCCUCCACUUCAUUCCUCACAAGCAUUACAAAUGAAUCGCUGCUUGGGAGAAACUGAGGAAGAAAGACGUGUAGAGUGCUCAGUGUGAACGCGAUAGGUGAAGCUGUCAAUAUAGUGUGUGUCUUUGACGUACAUACAAUAGUUUCCAGGUGUUCAUUCAUUGAGAUGGGCGAGAAACAGUGAUGCCUUGCGCCUGAGAAGUGUUGCAAUGGUCAUGAGGACUCAGUCAAGCUUGCGAGAUAAGUAACAAAGGAGGAUGACUAGUGCGGAGGAGGAAAUACCACUGAUACCAAUGGAGGAAAAGGAAAGUAAGCCGCCGAAGAGCGUGGAGGGUUUCAGUGACUGGCGCGAUGUGUGGUACCGCCUGGAUGAAGGUCGCGGCAAAGUCAACCUUGAAAACUUCCAGAACAGAAUCCGCUGUACCGCCAACAACCACCAGGCGAUACCCAAGGCCGUGCAGGUGUUGCAGGCCGUGGACAGGACAGGCAAAGGCUACGUGGAAUAUGGCGAGUUUAAAGAUUAUUAUGAAAAUGAGCUGCAACAAGGGUCUUGGGAGCGCGGCGUCUUGGCACGGGUCGCCCUUGACAUCCAGGACUUGACUCCACAACCUGAGGAGGAGGUAGUCUUCCGCGCCUGGGAGAACCUGGUGAACUACGUGAAGGAAUCCCCGAGCCCGUCAGACUUCAAAUGGACUUGGAUCCUGCCGCGGGAGUAUGCACGGGACUGCCUGCUUUACUACGUGUCAUACCGCAGUGAGCUGGUGCACCCCUCCCGCCUCAGCGAGUGGCUUAUGAAUGCACAGGCAGUGGACAACCUCCCGAACAGAGCAGUGAUUGAUCUACUGGAGAAAUGCCAGGCCACCAUUCGAAGAGCAGACACCAACAGAGACGGAUAUAUUGAGUACGACGAGUUUCUGAGAUUUGUGAGAGUCAAACACGCCAAGCUCCGCGGCGCCACUGUGCUGCGUCGCGGGGCCUUGGCUGUCCUGCCUCGCAAUGCCAAGUCCCUGGAGAACCGCCGCUACAUUGAGGAGUACUCGUGCUGGCCGCCCCCGCUCUUCAUGCUGCUCAUCACCCUGUCUGAGAUAAUUACGUUCAUCAUCUACGCUGUGGACAUGAAGCUCCCCACCACAGGCAGCGGGCCGUGUCCCACCUACUCCCCGCUGGUGUUCAACCCUCGCCGCCGCUACCAGGCCUGGCGCUUCAUCACCUACGCCCUCAUACACUCCGGCUGGGUGCACUUGGUCAACAAUAUCCUGGUGCAGCUGCUGUUGGGUCUGUUGCUGGAGAUGGUGCACAGUUGGCGCAUCAUCCUCAUCUACAUUGCGGGCGUGGCGGCGGGCGCUCUGGCCAACUCACUCUACAUGCCCUCCUUCUACCUGGCCGGGGCGUCUGGAGGCGUGUACGCUGUGGAGUACGCCCAUAUUAGUAACUUGAUUCUGAACUGGUCAUCAAUGGAAUACCCGCUCGUGCAGCUGCUCAUGAUCCUGGUGGUGAUGGGCAUGGACUUGGGGUACGCCAUCUGGGAUACCUACACCUCGGAAGCCACAGCGACUGGACACAUGGCGCACUUUGGCGGGGCCGUGGCAGGAGUUCUGGUGGGCGUCCUUGUUUUGCGAAACCUGGAGGUGGAGAGGUGGGAGAAAUACUGCCGCUGGGUGUCGCUGGGACUGUUCGGUGCCCUGAUGUUGUGCGGGGUGCUCCUCCAGAUACUGCUGCCCAUGCCUGAGUACUUCCCAGAGAAUGAUUGGUCCCCUAUGGCCGAGGAUCGAGAGGAGUGGGAGCACCAGCAGAUGUGGGGGUUGCCGAAGCCAGGUUAAUUAAUGGUGUGAUGUUGUAGGGUUUAGUGUAUUGGAUGUGUGUGUGUGUGUGUGUGUGUGUGUGUGUGUUGUGGUGAGGUAAUAGUUCGUGUUUCUAGUAGUGGAUUAGUUGUAGAAAUAGUUAAGAUUGAGGUGUUUUUCUAUGUUCCUAUUUUUUAUUUAAAAGUAGAUAAGUUAAGGAUUUUUUUAUGCUCCAAUUCUUUAUUUAGAGGUAGCUAAAACUGAAGAUUUUUUUUUUUAAUGUCAUUGUGAAUUUUCUUUGUUAUUCCCCCCCCCCAUUUUUGGAAUAGAUUGAUAUAUUAGUUGUGUGUCUCAUAGUUUUUCGUUCUGGUGACAACUAAUACUGAAGAGUUUUUUUUUUAUUUUCUAGAAGUCUUUUUGAAUUCCAUGUUUCCAUUAUUUUCAUACGUUAAAGAGAAAUGAAACUAGCGACUCUCCUUGCAGUUGUCUCAGAGGUAUACACUUAUCAAGCUCGUUUAUUUUUAUUUUAUUUUCAAUAUGUAUAUGUUGGAUUCCACUUUUCAAUCAUAUUUUCUCCGUCAUCGAUAUACGAACUUAAACUGAAGACAAUCGAUCAAUAUUGUGGUGUUAGAGUACCAGACUUUUCUUCCUUCAACUGUGUUCGCUCAGAGUUUGAACAUGCUUGUGUGAGAGGCAGGACAGCUUUCCAUAACCAUGUACGUUUGAGGGCGCUGUUCCAAGACGUGUAAGGGAGGAAGACAAGGGAUCAUGAGUAAUAGGACACCUCUUCGUUGCCUGAUUAUUCCUUGUACUUCUCUGCGCAUAUCAGAGCCUCUGACUGAGGACGUGAGGGUGAUUGUGUUUACGAUAGCGUGGAGCUGGCGGUGCUGCAGUGUAGAGUUAACUGUUUUAAGAAGGAUAUGUUGAACUUGUGCCUGACUUUGGUUAUAAUUCGUCCUCGUCUGGUAUUCUUGUUAUGAUUAAGAUGUAAUUGAAGUAUUUGAUUCUGUUAUUUAUGAUGCAGCCAUUAUAGAUUACGGACUGUAUCCUGGAACACUCCUGCGCCGUACCUCUACUACUUUCAAAAGGCUACAGUUGAAGUGACACGGGUUUUAAGGAUGUUUCUAUGGUUCUAAUGACAGAUCAACAAAAUUCCUAUAUCAUUAACAGGAGAAACACUCCGAAGAAUCCUGCUACUCAUCUCUGUGGCCUUUGAAAAUAGAUGUGGUGAGAGCAGAGGGUUACUUAAUACAGCCCUAAGUGUUAGAAGAGAUACAUCGAGCUGUUACUAACUACAUAACGAUGAUUUGUUCUCGUGCGGUCGUUCCGUUAUAAUUUAAGACAUAUAAGGACUAUUGUGAUUCAUUCUUUUAAGUAUGGGAUGUGGAAGCGGAAUGAGAGAGUGAAAGUGGAAUGAGAGAGAGACUGGAAAAUUCUCCUUGUAGAACCUGGAUCUUGUUUUAACACGUGUCUUAUCCAGCACCAAGAAAAGCUGAUUUAUUUUCCAGAGAUGUAAAUUACAGGUUUUUAUUUUUAA